AUGGUGUUAACGCGAUCACGUGCUGCGAGUCCCGCAUCUGCCGCGGCCGGCGCUUCGUCUGCGAACGUAGUGCCGCCGUUGUUGUUACCGGUAGAUAGCGCGCCGGAGUCGACGCCGCGCGACCUGGAGGCCGCGCCGGCGCCACCAUCGGCUGUAUCGAGUGACAGUGACGCUGUUAUUGAGGAUCAGGGUCACGCCCUGCCGCUGCCGCCAGCUGCAAAUCCUGCUGCGGCUUCGAUCACCAUGACCACAGAGCAGCUGCUGCUGUUGAUAAACAGGCUAAGUCCCGCAGUUCCUGUAAGUACUGCUACACAUAUUUCCGGCAACUUUGCGAAGUGCUCUACACGUUUCGAUGGACUUAAAACCAGCGAUGUAUUAGCAUUCAUAGAUGCUAUCGAGGUAUACAAGUCGUGCGUCAAUAUGAGCGACGAUGUCGCGCUGCGAGGUUUGCCUAUGUUACUGACGGGAUUGGCCGCUACUUGGUGGCAGGGCGUCAAAGACAGCACCCCGACAUGGCAAGCAGCUUUGGAAUCGCUACGGCAGACUUUCGGGCCUAGGUUGCCUGUGCAUAGAAUCUUCUGAAUUAUUUUUGAACGCGAACAACGGAUUAACGAAACAACCGAUUUAUUCGUUUGUCAUAUCAGAGCAUUGUUCGCGCAACUUCCGCCACAUUCUUUAACGGAAAAUAUACAACUAGAUAUGACGUAUGGCUUAUUACACAAAAGAAUACGCGAGAAGGUGCCUCGCUUUAGUUUUACUUCAUUUGCAGA